UGGACAAGCACAAUCUUUAUCCUCCUGCUCCUCCCUUGACUCGUUACAAGGAGACGGCAUUUCCGAGCGCCAAGAAAAAGUUGGUUGAAUCUGUUGUUCUUGAUAAUGCGGUGAAUAAGAAGUUGGACGCCUUGACAACUUCCAAGCUUUGUGUCAGAAUGAACACCCUUCAAUAUAUGCAGAAGAAAAUUUCCACCCUUGAGGAUGGUAUUAGGGAGUCGUGGUCGGCUGUUAGACUUCUUAAAGAUCAGACAUGCCCUGAUGUGGAUCCUCGUUGGACUUCGAAUGGGAUUUUGGAAAUGUGUAGCGAGUCAGUCGAUGAGCUUUUUGUUGCCACCUUUGACUGCAUCCGAGAUAGCGCCGCUGAUGCUAUCAGGAAAACUUGUGAGUUAGUGGGAGCUAGGGUUGUGUUUUGGGACUUGAGAGAACCAUUCAUAUUUAAUUUAUAUCACGGUGGUGUUGAGGGUGCACGACUGGAAACUACGCUUCCACAGUUUGAUAGAGUCCUCAAUAAUGUUUGCGCUCUGAUUGAUGACACCCUCAGAGACAUUGUAGUGAAAAGUAUUUUUAAGGCAUCUCUGGAAGGUUAUGCUUGGGUGUUACUAGAUGGAGGGCCUUCAUGUGCAUUUUCUGAUUUUGAUGUUGUCAUGAUGGAAGAUGACCUCAAUAUAUUAAAAGACUUGUUUGUUGCUGAGGGGGAAGGGCUUCCCCGAUCAUUAGUUGAAGAGGAAGCAAGAUUCGCUCAUCAAAUUCUCAGUUUAUUUUCUCUCCGGGCUGAAUCUGUGAUCCAAUUGUUGAUGACUUCUAGUGAACACAGUUCAAUAGGACUUGAAGCACAUAAAUAUGGGCACAGACAUCUGGGAGAUGCACACACCUUGAUACGUGUUUUAUGUCACAAGAAGGAGAGAGAAGCUUCGAAAUUCUUGAAGCUGCAUUAUCACCUUCCAGCAUCAUCAGUGUAUGAUGAGGCUGCAACGGAGGAUGCCUCUGUGAAGUCGCCACUUAUGGCCGACCUUAUCAAAAGGAGUGCUUCGUUUCGUUGGUCUGACAAAGGAAGUAGCAGUUUCAGAUCUUUUAAGAAGAAAAUCCAGGAAGCAACAUCAGAUUUUAGGCAUGUGGGAUGGUGAUGAUGCUAUCCUAUUCUUGGUGCUAUCCGUCCGACGACUGGUUCUAUAAACAAUGCUCUCUAUAUGCUGCACAAAAAGUGUCGGAAAUGUUAACUGCAUUUUAAAUUAGAGCUGUAUGACGGUGUGAAAAGUGCUUGUAUGUCAAAGAAAACCAUUUGCUCAUAAGACAGAGGUAACACUCCAUUAGGGAGUAUGCUCAGAAAAUUUUGCCAUGUUUGCUUCUAACUGUGAGGUUGUAGAUCGAUGUUAUUAACUCUGGGGCUCAAAAUAAAACUGAAAGAAACAUUCCCAGAUUAUAUUAUGCCUACAUAUACCUAAGAAA